GGGUCGCACCGAGGAGGGAGAGCGAGGAGGCGGGGAACCGGAGAAACGGAGAGAGGAGGCCCCGACCCGGCCCGAGCACCGACGGACAAAAAAAAAAAAAAAUCACACCGACAACAACAGCAGCGAGGCCCGUAACCGGACACGGAGGACGAGGCGGGGAGGGAUGGAGCGAUGGAGCGGACCUCCUGUUGGCCAUCAUCCUGAUCCUGUCUCACUCCACCAGCCAGUACACUACUACAGCUACAGUACUCUUAGUAUUAAGUCGCAGUAGUCAGUGUUCUGUCUGUGUUUGCUCACAGAGGAGCCCUGAAGUCUCAGAGUGGUUUUAAUCAGAGGUGACCUCUGAAGCAGGGGGGGGACAACAGCUCUGUCCGCAUUGGCACAGCAGCUUUUAAGACACUUUGUAUUGUGCAUCAGUGAAGUUUUGGUGCUAACGUACCUGGACCAAGUCUGCUUGAGUGUUGCACAAUGCUUCAAAUUCAGGGGCCCUGACUUGCACACCCCUCCAGGUGAACUCGCUCGGUGGCGAGCUCAGUGGUUCGUUGUCAGGAAAAUGUCAUUGAGACUGCGAGGCUAGCAGCUGCCUCGCUGUGAAAUCCUCUCAGCUGCGGCACAAACAAAACACGCUUUUCACCUGCUCUGAAAAUGUAGACGAGUUUGAAGCGACUUGCAGUUAGCAGCUAAUAACUAGCGCAACAGUUGAAUCCGAGCCAAACGCCUUCCCACGUCAGACAUAAAAUUCAGCUACACAGGAAAUCGGCUAAAAAUGUAGCUGGGCUCUGGCCAGGUUACGUGUUUGGCCGCUGAUAACUUGUAAGCUCCUGGUGACUACCUGUGAGCAGGUAGCGGUGGCUUGGGGCUAGGUCCAAGCAGAGCAGGGGUGUGAUGGAGUACCACUCCGGUGGUAGCCUGCCCCUGCUGGGGAGACCGCGGUACUGCCCUGGGGCCAACACGAACGGAGGAUAUCUGUGUGAGACGGGUCACUGCUGCGGAGAGACCGGCUGCUGCACCUACUAUUAUGAACUCUGGUGGUUCUGGUUGCUGUGGACCGUCCUCAUCCUGUUCAGCUGCUGCUGUGCGUACCGACACCGCCGAGCCAAACUGAGAGUUCAGCAGCAGCAGAGACAGCGAGAAAUCAGCCUGCUGGCCUACCAUGGAGCCAGCUCCUACCCCUCCUCCAUGCUGGACCUGAGUUUCCUGGCGUCUCUGAAGCUGCCAUCCUAUGACGAGGUGGCGGCUCAACCCUCCACCCCUCCUCCGCCCUACAGCUCAGUGUUCACCACUCCACGCUACCCGCAGCCCCCCCGCGCCACCGACCCCCACCUGCUAACACAGCACGGCCCACUGCUGCACCGACCGCUCAGUGAUGGUCCGUCCUCCCUCAGCUCCGACAACAGCUCCAGUUGUUCCUGUGACUCCUGCUGCCCCUCCUCUCCAUGUAGCUCCUCCCUUUCGGCACCCGUCACGUACGAGACUGACACAAGCCAUGCUACCACGCCCAGCGAGGCUGCACCCCUCGCUCUUGAUGUCACAAUGGAAACCAUUGCUGCCGUGGCAACGUGUUUGGAGGUAAAUGAGACACGAUUUGUUUCUGAGAGGAUGGUUGCCACGGUGGCCACUGACACCAGCGAUGAAAAUGCUGCCGGGGCACAGGAACCAGUUGCCACGGACUCAUCAGUUCCAAAUCAGAUUGUUUCUGUCACAUUUGUCACAAGGGCACUCUCCCCUCACCCUCUGCCCUCUCCUGCUUCUGAGGUGGCUCUUCCUCUUGUAACUACAUCUCCCAUAAAACAACAGCUUGACCUAGCACCCUGUACUCUAAAAGUCAGCACCUGUAGCCCAACUACAGUCCCUAGUCCAAGUGUUGUUGACACAACGUUCCCCUCAGUCCAAAUAAUAACCAUUGAGGGCCUAGCUGACGGCCCCAAAACUAUCCCAGCCCCAAAAAUCACCUCAAUGUCAGGCCCCUCUACCCCAACAGCUAGCAAUUCUGACAGUCCUACAGUCACCCAAACCCUUGAUCUAACAAGAACUUUUGAUACAGCCAAUGUUCCUAGCAGCCCAACCUCACUACCAUCCCCAGAUGUUGGAAGAACUUUGGGCCUGUUAACAGGCUCUGCUGGUCUCCCGACCCCGGACCCAAAUCCCAGCCUUGUGCCAAUCCCAGUCCCCUCAGACCAUACCCAACCUUCAAUACCGGUACCUACAAAUCUUACCCAAGCCCCAGAUGUAAUACUUACUAACUUUACCCAAGAUCCAGAGUUAGUAACUUCAAACCUUACCCAAAAUUCAGUCCCAGUAACUUCAAACCUUACCCAGGCUACAGAUGCAAUAUCUAUAAACUUUCCCCAAGAUCCAGAGCUAGUACCCACAACUCUUACAUGUUUAACAGACCCAGUACGCAUGAACAUUACUGAAGGUCCAGACCCAGCACCUUCAAAUCUUACACUAGUGCCAAAUCUACAAUCUAAAACAACCUCAGUCCAAGACUGUGCGCCUAAUCAUAUUCUAACUCCUAAACCUGCACAUUCAAACCUAACCCUAGCCACAGAUGCAGCACCCGUUUCACCUACCGUAGCCAAUUGCCACGUUUCAGAACUGUCACCUGGGUCAGGUCCAGCUCUGGGUCCUACCAGUCCAAGGUCAUUCUUGCCCCUGCACCCAGGAGCUGUUGCCGUUAUUUUAUCUCGCCUAGAUCCAGCUGCAGUACAAGCCAAAUCAGAUCCUUCUCUGGUCCUGCCUCAAUCGUCAGAGUCAGAUCUUAUCAGUCCCUUGCCAUCAAAUGUCCAGGCUGGUUUUAGUCCCGGCUUUGGAUCUGGAUCAUGUUCUGGUGUUGGUUCUACAUCAGGUCCACUGUCUGCUCCCUCCCCAGUGCUCACCUUCUUAACACCUGCAGCCUCCUCUUCCUCCUGCCCAGCCAUAACCAUAGAGUCUGAAUCUUCUUUUGCUCUCUCUCAGUCUACCCCUGCAGUCCUCUCCCCAUCCUUACCCCCAUCCCUUCCUUCUCCUCCUUCCCCACCCUCCCCCCCAGCCCUGUGUUCUGUCUCCCUCCCAGCCCCAGCCUUACUGCUGGACCCCCUCACUGCUCUGCAUCAGUCCAACAAAGGUGGAUCUUCCUCUGGCCAUGCUUCCUCCCUCUCUCCCUCACCUCGUGCUACUCAGUCCCCCCCUAAACAGACUCUCUUCUCCCCCUGCGUGGAUGUGUUUGAACCAGGACCUCCCAACUGGGAGGAUGGAGAGGAGGAGCAGGAAGAGGACAAUGAUGAUGAUGAAGAUGAGGACAUGGGUGCCGAUGAGAGCCAGUACAGACAUCGGCGACUUACCGGUGACUCUGGGAUCGAGGUGUGCAGGUGUCGGGUGAAGGAGGAAGAGGAGGAAGAGGAGGAAGAGGAGGGGGAAAAGACAGAGGCUGGCAGGAGAGGGGGAGGAGGAGAGGAGAGGAAUGAAAAGGGAGGUGGAAACACUGAUCUUCAUGACAGUGUGGACUGUCCUGCCAGAGGUCAGAUAACCACAGGGGAAGGACUUGUAUUUUGUAACUCCACCUCCACCACUACGCCAGUGUGUGAGGGUAGCAGCAAAGUUGUCAUUGUCAUGGAGACAGUGUGAUUGAUAAAAAUGGGCAGAUCAAACCAUUCAUCACCCGGACAAGAGAUGAACAGGAAGUUAAUGAUGACGCCUACCCUUAAAACUGUCUUUAUAAAAAAAUAUUGUGUUCCGUAUCAUUUUGGCAGACCAGCAUAGAUGUCGGAAGUUUAAUAGGAGAUUCAACGGGAACCAUUAACUUAUUACAACAUGAUUUCUUCAACUGUGAGUUGGAAUUUUAGUUAGCCUGGUGCAGAGGUUUCUGCUUGAUGAGUGCUAGUGUUUUGUUAAGGAGAGCCAUUAACUCACAUUAUGGCAAGGGUCGAUAAAACAGAACUACUACUGCAGUACAGAACGGUUGUCAGCAAUUUGUAAAACGUCAAGAAAAAUUAGUACAUCUGAAACCCAUUUUGAUCCCAGUAUAAGGUUUACAGCUAACACAAAAGUAUUUAGCAGUCAACCAUUACGUAGCAUUGAAGCUCUGCCAGUGGCUCUGAAUGGGGAGCUAGCUGAAGCAGCUUGUUGUUAGGUGUCUGAAGAGCCAUUCAGAAAUUUUGUCAGUCGGAGUGAACAGUCUAAUAAGGUAAAUAUGUUGGCGGAGGUUAAGGUGGCAGAUUGAACUGUCUUAGCUUUAUCUCGAGUCUCCAAAAUACUGUUCAAUGGUGAUUAAAGUCUCCACAGAAAACACAUUAUGUGUAUCGUUGAGGUCUGGCAGAAGUGUUGAAUUAGUUCUUUCCUCCUGAGCAUCAAAACAUUGUUCCAGGGUGUUACUAGUGGUCGAAAAGGAUACUUUAAACCUGGAUUAAUUGCAAUUCUAAGCAUAAGAUGGCAGGCUUAUUUAGCCAUGGAAUAGAUGUUAAUGUUUACAUGCAAAUGCUAGCUUCCAUUGGCUACUGUAUGUUGGCUAAUAUUCCAGUCAGAUUGUACAGUGGUGAUUAUCUGGUGCUGUGCAGCUAGAUGCUAUAGUUAGCUAACAAGCUGCAUUUCAGAACACAGUGUGAAUGAGGACAUGAUUAGCUCCCUAUUAGAACAGGACGCAGUUCUGUUGACAGGUACAAAUGCAGUUAGACAUCCACAAAGCUAAUGUGGUGUUCAUCAUUUUGAAGUUACAGUAAUUAAUGUAAAUAGCAUUCACAUCAUCGUCUAUGUCGUAAUUACAACUGGAAGACUCAGACUUUUCUGAACUCUGGAGUAUCCAAUUUUGCAUUUAAUAAUGCAGAAAUGCCAGAAAAAGCGAACAUGCAUGCCUCGUAUCAACAAAAGCAUUGUUUGAGGUAAUUAAACACAAAUUUAACGGACAUAAUGCUGCAAUCAUGCAACAGUAGUGAGUGAUGCAAUGACAUUAACACUUGCAGGAAUCUCUCCCUUUGAUAUCUUCAGUCACCAUUAUGCCCCUGACAUUUUCUUUCUUACGUCUGUCACCAACAAGAAAGGAACAACCUGAAAUAGUUGACCGUGUAGCGGAGGAGAUCUCGCCUGUCCUGGGGGAUGACAAAUUAGCUGUUUCUGAAACGAAGACAGACUAAUGUGGGAGGAUGAUUCACUCUGACUGACAGGGGGAAGACUGAUUCAUUAAUUAGCGGGGAGGUUUUGAUGAAGAAGUCUGUCAGGAGAGCGGAAUUAGGUGGGUAGUUUAUAAAAUGGGGGAGACACUUUUUCAGACUUGAUGUGUUCAUGGCAACCAUGUAUGGAAAGUUUCAGCAUUAAUGGAUCAGCUGGUUUUCUGCACGUCAGAGAAAAGCUUUUGCAUAAACAGGAAUAAACAAUGGGCACUUUUAGACAGAAACAAAGCACCAAACAGAACAGACAUAAGAGUACGUCAUUCCUUUCUUUGUCUCCGUCUCUGAAUUUGAGGUCAGAUACAACAAUACGUUUAGACAACACAACAGCCUAUGUUCGGUCCCAGUCUAAACUCUGAGAUAUUCCCUUUCACACACGACAUUUCUCCCUUUAUAGACACCUCAUCCAUUCUAUCAUUCAGAUGCUUAGUUCUACUCACUGAUAAACUGAUGGACUAAAUUUACUUUGUCCGAUAAAAUUCACCACACAGGUUAAGCCAUUUCGAGCUCUUAAAAUGACAUUAAAGGAUAACUUUGGUUUUUUACAACCUGGACCUUAUUUGU